AUGCCGUCCCUCAGGCAAUCGCGGAGCGCGAUUGGCCCCGCUGCAUUCUGGGAGUUGUAGUCUCUCGCGACUGGCCCCACCCCGUGUGCAGUUUUCGGGGCCUAAGUCUGGAGAAAACCCUAGCGGGUGGCUAGCCGCGGCUCAAGUUCUGGAGAGCGGUGCCGCCCUCAAACCUUGGUCCCCGAGCCCUGGUGGUCCACUCCGCCUUUUGUCGAAUCUUUUCCACAGCCCAAAAUGGCGGCGGAGGUGUAUUUUGGCGAUCUAGAGCUGUUCGAGCCGUUCGACCACCCAGAGGAGUCGAUUCCGAAGCCCGUUCACACUCGCUUCAAGGACGACGACGACGACGGCGACGAGGAGGACGGGAAUGGGGUCAGCGACGCGGAGCUGCGGGAGCGGCUUCGGCAGUGCGAGGAGACCAUCGAGCAGCUCCGCUCCGAGAAUCAGGAACUUAAACGAAAAUUGAACAUUCUGACUCGACCGAGGUAUGAGAUUUUUGAAAUUACCCCAUGGUUGUCCCUAAUUAUUUAUCCUGAUAUUAAUAUUUAAUCACAAUUUCUUUGUAAAAAGUGUAUAGGAUUUCUGUAUCAUUUUUAUUUGUUCAGCAUACUCUGGGAUAAGGUCUGAAUUCUUAUAAGUGGAUUAAAAUUUUAAGCUGAUUUAUUGGGUGAAAGUAUGAAACACAAUCCAGAAAAUGUUGACUUAAUGUUCAGAACAGGCAAAUUGUUAACCUAGUUAUUCCUAUUCAACAAACAUUUCUAGAAAGCUAGAAUUAAGAUUACAGUUUUGGCUGGGUCUGGUGGCUCAUGCCUGAAAUUCCAGCACCUGAAAAAAAGGUU